AUGGCGGCACCGAACGAAGAACAUGACAAUAGAGAACUCUACGCAGUAUUGAAUUUAUCACCCGAAGCUUCCGAUGAAGAAAUCCGCAGAGCAUAUCGUCAAUGGGCGCAACUCUAUCACCCCGAUAAGAACCAAUCUCCUAAUUUUAAAGAGGCUGCUACGGAAAAUUUUCAACGAGUAUGUGAAGCGUAUGAGAUUUUGUCAGAUCCAAAUAAAAGGCAAGUUUAUGAUAUCUAUGGCAUGGAAGGGUUGAAAUCUGGUUUGGAACUUGGUCCGAGUUUGGAUAAAGCUGAAGAGAUUAAAGCAGAAUUGGAUAGAUUGAAGAGAAUGAGGGAACUGGAAAAGAGGGCGGCGCGGAUUCAAUCUUCCGGUACAAUUAUGUCUAAAAUAUCUUUGCCACAGUAUCUAGAUGGUGAUGGCCUCUUCAAAGGAAUGGCAAUGACUAGUGAAAUGCAGUCUCAGUUGUCAAAACGAAGCGUUGCGGUGAUUGGCGGCAAUUUAGCAGUUGAUGAACAUGUAGGUGGUGGAACUGCUAAUGCUGUAUUAAGUCAUCAACUUUCAGAAGCUUCGUCAAUAGAAUUUAUGGCUUCAGCUGGUUUACGUUCAUUACUUGGGGUUCAGACAUCUCGGCUUAUAUCCUCACACUCAUCUGCAACAGCAGGCUUAACAAUGUCUUUGAAAGAUGGUUCAUGGAAUCUUUCUAAUGCAUGGACCCGCCAACUGUCAGAUACAACAAACGGAAGUAUACAACUCUUGUUGGGAUCACAGUCAUCUGUAGCCGUAGGGUGGCAGAAAAAAGAUGAGAGAAGGACUGCCUCUGGAGAAGUGAAGUUCGACACAGGUUCUUUUGAGACAUCAGUUCAUUAUACUCAUCGAUUUUCUUCUAAAUCUCAUGGCUGCAUUGCAGGAAGAGUUGGGAGUUCUUCCAUUGAGAUGGAAGUUGGUGGUGGAAGGAAGUUAUCAAAAUUCAGUACUGUGCGCUGGUUGUAUGUAGUAGGAAUUCAGGGUAUUUCCUGGAGAUUUGAACUCUAUCGUGGGGGUCAGAAGCUGGUUGUUCCUAUUUUGCUGACGAAUUAUUUGAAUCCCGUGUUUGCUACUGGAGCAUUUGUUAUUCCAGCAUCUUUUUACUUAAUUCUGAAGAAUUUUUUCAUUAAACCGUAUUACCUUAAAAGGAAUAAGCAGAAGGCUCUGGAGAAGGAGGGGAAAAGUUCUGCUCAGGUUCAAGAAGGAAGGGCUGCAGCUGAAAAAGCUCAGAAAUUACAACAAAAUGUGGCUAAUAGGAAAAGAAACAAGCAAUUAGAAAUGGAUGGACUGGUUAUUAUGAAAGCACUAUAUGGAAGUGAUACAAUUUUGAACAACUUGUAUUCGUCAAAUGAAACAAGUUUUGAAUCUACUUCAGGAGUCAUCGAUGUUACAACACCUCUGAACUUUCUAGUUAAUGAUUCUGGUCAACUUAAGCUUCACGAAGGUGUAAAGAAAUCAGGAAUCAUGGGCUUUUGUGAUCCCUGUCCAGGAGAGCACAAACUGUUAUAUGUAGAAUAUGCUUAUGCCAGCAAUCAACACAAGGUCUUGGUUGGUGACUAUGAAGAAUUACUGAUACCCCAGGGCAUCCGCAGGAUAUAA